AUGUCUUCAGUCACAUCUGUGGCAAGAGUGUAUGCCAAUGUCAAUCAGGAGCAGCCUCGAGACUACUGGGACUACGACACUCUCAACAUCUUGUGGGGCGGCCAAGAGAACUAUGAGAUUGUACGAAAAGUCGGCCGAGGCAAAUACUCUGAAGUCUUUGAAGGAAUCAAUGUCGUCAACAAUGAGAAAUGUGUCAUCAAGGUCCUCAAACCAGUGAAGAAGAAGAAGAUAAAACGAGAAAUCAAAAUCUUGCAAAACUUGUCGGGCGGUCCAAAUAUUGUGCAGCUUUUGGAUAUUGUGCGAGAUCCACAAUCGAAAACUCCCGCAUUGAUAUUCGAAUACGUCAACAAUACCGAUUUCAAAGUCUUGUAUCCAAAACUCACGGAUUAUGAUGUUCGAUACUAUAUACAUGAGUUGCUCAAAGCUCUGGACUUUUGCCAUUCUCGAGGAAUCAUGCAUAGAGACGUCAAGCCACACAAUGUGAUGAUUGAUCAUGAGAAGCGAAAGCUGAGAUUGAUUGAUUGGGGCUUGGCUGAGUUCUACCAUCCUGGCACUGAAUACAAUGUGCGAGUGGCGUCACGAUACUUCAAGGGCCCAGAACUGCUAGUAGAUUUUCAAGAAUAUGACUACUCGCUUGAUAUGUGGAGUUUGGGGUGUAUGUUUGCCAGCAUGAUCUUCCGAAAAGAACCCUUCUUCCAUGGUCAUGACAAUUACGAUCAGCUCGUCAAGAUUGCCAAAGUAUUGGGAACUGAUGAGUUGUUUGCAUAUCUCGACAAGUAUGGUAUUGAACUUGAUUCUCACUUUGAUGAAAUCCUUGGAAGGUAUCCACGAAAGGCCUGGACGAAAUUCAUCACUACAGAAAACGAAAGAUAUGUAUCUCCGGAAGCCAUGGAUUUCCUCGACAAACUAUUACGAUAUGAUCAUCAAGAAAGGCUAACACCACGUGAAGCCAUGACACACCCAUAUUUCGAUCCAGUCAGGCAAAAAGAACCUGCUACAUGA